CUUGUGACACCUGUGUCAGGUUCGGAGGUCGCGGGCCAGAGAACAGCAGCAUUCCUGAGCUCGAGGCGGCAGCGAACGCAAGCGCUCUUUGCAACAGAAGUAAUCUAAGUUUUCUCGAUCUUUUCGCCAAGGUUGACAUGGUGCUGGCUUGGUGGCUGGUAGCGCUGCUGUCGCCGUCGCUGGCGUCCGCUAAACUUUUCAUCGUCGGCGGCUGCCCCGGCGGCGCAGGCUUCGCGGACCCCCUCACACAGACGGCGUACGGCCGCAGCCUGGUGAACAAGUGGACGAACUUGCCGCUGAUCGCCUGGCAUCCCACGGGAGCUGAAGCUGGCCUGAGGUGCAUCACCCUUACUGCAGCUGGUGACACGCUCUACAUCAACUUCAAGUACAGCAAUAUGACGUCAGGGCAAUACAGCGGUCCCAUAUUCUACGACGUCUACGAUGGCAACAACAGACUCAGGGUUGACACCACUAGGGGCAGCAGGAUGCCCAAUACAG